UUAACUAAGUUUAUAUUUCUUAUUGUUGAAUUUCUUCAAUUUUAUGCUAAAAUGUUCCAUACGACUUACUAUAUUUCUGUCUUUACAGUUUGCCUUGGGGCAAGCACACAAUUUUACAGCUUUGGGAUUAUUAAUCCUGUACAGGAGCUCCUAACAGAAUGGAUUAAUGAAACUUAUAUCAGAAGGAAUGGGGCAGGAUUAGAUUUGACUGGCAUGAACAUUUUCUGGUCGUUUGUCGUUUCUAGUGUGGCAAUUGGCGCAAUUAUUGGUGCCUUAUUAGUCCGGUAGG